AUGUAUCCGGAAAUCACCAUUGAGGAGGAGGAGGAAGGAGGAGAGGAGGAGGAGGAAGUGGUAGUAGAUGCGGAAGGAGCUGAAGAAGAGGUCCAGGAAGAAAUAGAGGAGGAGGAGGAGGACAGUCCAUCAGGUCAUGCACAAGAGCCAGUGGGAGCAGAAGAAGGCGAUGAUUCUCUUCUUGUGGUAUGCACUGGGACUGUUGAGGAGCUUCUAGGAUUGGAGUCAUCACCCACAGCUGAACUGGAGCAGCUUGAGGAGACCCCUCAGCCUCAGCGCUGGGAGGUCCAGUGGGAAGAAGUGUCGCAGGCACCUCAGCCUCCAGUAUCUGAAGUGGUUCACCCACCAUCACCACGGCUGCUUCCACCAGAGGCUCCCUCCGUCACAGAGGUGGCCCAGGUCGAUGUAGAACCAGAGACUUUCCCUACUGCGUUGGAGCAAGCGGGGAACAGCACUUCUUCCUCGUGGGGCGUGCCGUUUGUGGAAGAGGGCCACCCAGAGACCCACACCAGCCCCCCCGGGGCAGACAGGGGGAGCGGUGGGAAGGUGCGGUCCUCCGUAUCGGGAGGGAACGGUGGCUUCACCCUGGAGACGGCCCGCCGGCGCUUCCGGCAGUUCAGCUACCAGGAGACGGAGGGGCCGCGCAAGGCCUGCGGACAGCUGUGGGAGCUUUGCAAUCACUGGCUGAAGCCGAAGAACCGCACCAAGGAGCAGAUUCUGGACGUGCUGAUUCUGGAGCAGUUCCUGGCUGUUCUUCCUCCUGGGAUUCGGAGCCGAGUGUGGGAAUGCAGCCCUGAGACUUGCGCACGGGCGGUAGCCCUGGCAGAGGAGUUCCUGGCCAGGCAGCGGGAGGCAGAGCGAGCGGACGAGGAGGAUUCAGACCUGUUUGAGGAGGUGGUGGUGAAUUUUCCUGAUGAAGAUCAGGCUCUUUCAGAUGCUGAACAGGGAGACAUGAGCAUGGAUCCUGAGCAGAGGGGUGACGUGGACAUCUGUUUGCUGGGUUCUUCUGACACAGAGGCAACAUGGGAUUCUUCGGCAGAUGAAGGAGGCUCAGCAGGUGCCAGGACCCCCAGCAGAGCAGACACAUCAUUUGAAUUUGGUGAAAAGCUCAAUGGAGCCAUGCAGCAUUUGGUCCCAAAGAGGAUCCGAGUGAGAGAGAAGCGCCACCCCUGCAUCGAGUGUGGGAAACGGUUCCGAUGCCAGUCCGAGUUGGCCUUACACCAGAAAGUCCACACUAGGCCGAAAUCCUAUCACUGCACGGAGUGCGGGAAGCAGUUUGGCCGAUCCUCGCAUCUUACCCGGCACCAGAAAACCCACAUGGGAGAGGAAUGCCAUCUUUGCACGGAGUGUGGCAAGAGGUUCCGGUGGUCAACGGAGCUCGCCAUCCACCAGAGAAUCCACACAGGUGAGCAGCAGCAUUAUCCACUUGAUUCUGAGACUUUGUUCCAGUGGCCGUCGGAGUUCACUGUGCACCCAAACGUUUUCAUGGGGGAGAAAACCCCUCCGGCCGUCGACUUUGCAAAGCCUCACACCGUCAAGAAGCCCCACCUCUGCCCAGAGUGUGGGAAGGGGUUCCGGUGGCCAUCGGAGCUGGCCGCACACCAGAAGACACAUAACAAAAACAAACACUACCUCUGUGCACAGUGUGGGAAAGGAUUCCAGUGGCCGUCAGAGCUCGCCGCACACCAGAGAACCCACACGGGCGACAGCACAACACUUGUCACAGAUUGUGGGAAUGGCACCAACCGGCCACCUCAUCUCACAACUUACCUGAGUGCCAAUGUGGCCGAGAAACGGCACCUCUGCGGGGAGUGUGGCAAGGCAUUCCGGUGGCCAUCAGAACUCGCCACACACCAGAGAAUCCACACGGGAGAGAAGCGUUACUUCUGCAGUGAGUGCGGGAAAGGGUUCAUUUGGCCCUCAGAGCUGGCUGCCCAUCAGCGGACCCACACCGAGAAACAAGCCUACCAGUGCAUGGAGUGUGGGAAAAUCUUCCAUGACCUCUACGGGCUAACAAGACACCAGAAGACUCACCUGGGGAGCAAGGUCUAUCCCUGCGCCGAGUGUGGGAAGACGUUCAGCCGACAAUCUCACCUGACCCGGCACCGGAUCACUCACACCGGGGAGAGACCCUACCCCUGUGUCGAGUGUGGGAAACGAUUUGGCCGGCAGUCACACCUCACUCGGCACCUGCGGAUCCAUACUGGGGAGAGACCGUAUCAGUGUGGCGAGUGCGGGGUGAGGUUCCGGCGGAGACACAGCAUGAUCUACCACCAGAGAAUCCACUUGAGGGAGCCCAACGCUGGACCGGACCUGCCAAGCCUUCCCGACCACCUGCAGAGCCUGCCCGACCACCUGCAGAGCCCCAUCCACGUCACAAUCUGAAACUCGCCGUGAGUGGGGAGGAAAGGAACUUUGGGGUGGCAAGUGGGGAUCAGCAGAGGCCCUCCCGUGCUCUCCAUCCACAGACUGUUGCCCCACACGUGUUUGCACCAUGUGAUCCAAGAGGAUCCGGAUUCCUUGCUGCGUGGCACAAGACGCCGGCAUGUGUCCUGUUGCGCACCGUUUUGCAAAGGAUUCUGGGCCCGCUCUCUGAUCACAAGGCUGUUCAGCAUUGCCCAAAAAAGCAGGCGUUUAGGUUGUUUCUGCAGCCAGGUUAAUCCCGCUACCCUGACUCUAGACUUUACUGCCCCUGUGUAGCGCUUAUAAGGUAAGAAAAACACUGGAGGGGUAUCUUCCAUGUUACCCUUAACAACUAGAACAGUGUCUGUUUCCUGGAACAUGUGAAGAUGGGAGGGGGCCAGGAAGACGCGCUUCCUGGCUCUUGGCCUAAUGCUGUUCUCCUGUUGUUGUUUGUUUCUUUUCUUUUUGCUGUUUCACAAAAUUGAGUUGAUUGAAUAGAUCCACAAUGGUGCAAGGACUGUGGAGUCCAACUUCCCAGCAUCCCAUUCUGUGGGGCCACAGGGUGGCAGGUUUCCGUGCGGCGCAGGGCGCCUUUACUUUUAAAUUGCUCAUAUAGCGAUGGGAGAAUUCAGGCAAGUGCCGCUUCUCCCAUGAUAGCACUACAGCAGUGGGGAAAGCUGCACCUUCCCCGGUUUUUCCCCACCUCCCCCUCUUUUGUGCAAGAGACCAGUUCUGGAUGAAAUCCAGCAACCGAUUUCUUCAGUAGCAAAUUCCUCUCUUUCCUUCCCUUCCCCAUGAUAAAUUUUAGUCAGUGAAUCUGAUUUUUAAAAGAGCACACAAACCAGGAGUUCUCAUUCUCUCUCCCCAGAGGUACUUUCACCCCACUUGAGCACUUUCUGAUGGACAUUUCUCUUUUUUCUUUCCUGUUUUCCUCUGGAAAUCGAGGGGCACAAUUCCUUCCAGGAGGGCUGGGCCAUCUGCAGCCAUGUGACCUUUUAAAAUACGGUGAUUCUUGGGGUUUUAACCGAAAAUUUGGAGCACACUCACUCAUGCCAGACUAGCGAGAUGAUUUUGGGGGUAUGUGCGGAAUAUAGGUGCCUUCAUGAUUCUCCAGCUGUGGGACUUCCUGAAAAGAAAGAUUUGCUUCUAUUGUGCUUACUCAGAGGGAAGUCCACUGGCUUCAGUGGGGCACCUCUUCCAUAAUUGCAUUUAGGAUUGCAGCAUAAGAAACCAAACCAGCAGCCUUCAAAUACAAGCAGGAGAAAGAGCAUUAUUAGCCCCAUCUGCUGCCAGAUGUGGUUGGGGCCUGUUGGCUGAGCAUCACCUUGUAGAUAAACCCCAGGAGGGUUGGAGUUUAGGGAAAGAAUGGCACCCUGCCCCCUGCCAUUCUAAGGUUCAAUUAUUAUUUUUGUUUCUCUCAACUGAUCCUUGGUGUUGAGGAGUUUUUAUUGUCUUUCCUCGAGGGACUUCUAUCUGCAUUUCUUUGUUUUUUCUCCCAUCUCCUUAUUUCUUCUCUUUCUCUCAAUGUCUCUCUUUUUUGUUCUCUUUCUCUCUCUUUUUUGUGGAUCCAUGUUUUGAGAUGAUUGGAACUUCCUAAAGAAACAAGAACGAACUCAUUUUUUGGAAAUAACUUAAAAAUAAAGAGCUUUCUACAAA